UCAUCCCUGGGGCCUCAGCCCAGUGCCAAGCAUGCAGCCCAACCUGUGGGACCUGCAUGACCACAGCACCCACUGGGCCCCACCAGGGUGUCAACCUGGGCCAUGGGCCAGACAGGGCAGGGCGUGCAGCCCAUUUUCCCCAGAGAUGAAGGACUAGGCUUAGGACAGUGAGCAACCUGUCCACUGGGCGGGAGACAGAACCCACACAGGGACCCAGGUGUCCUGCUCCUGGCUGGGGUUCUCAUCACAGGUGGGGUGCCCCCUGCCCCAGGCCAGGGCAGAGCUCCCAGCACCAAGGGCACGGCACCCCCAGGCCCAACGGGGUGAGAGCUCCUAGGCUAGGUGAGAUGCAGCUGAGUGCCUGAGACCCAGCAGAGUUGCCACAGGGCCGGCCAAAGACGUCAGGCAGGGGUGCUUGGAUGUCUGUGGAGUGACUGUAUGAACGAAAGCAGAGUCCAGAACAGGGCCCGGGCCGCUUCCAGAAGGUUCCUUAGGGUUGCAAGGAGGGCCUGUGGCCAUCUUCUGCAUGUGGUAAGACCUUGGCCCAGCUGCUCUUCUGUGUGGGACACGUAUAGUUUCAGCAUCAGGAGUGAAAAGAUUGGUGUUCUUCCGUCUGUCUGUCCAUCCACCCAGUGAACCCCACAGCCUCUGCCCUGGGUUGGGGUGUAGCAGUGGGCGGGGGAGGGGCAGUAUUUAUCUCCUCCUUACCUGCUAGCCCAGGACUUUGUGUCUUUGUUAUUGUCCAACACGCUGUCCCCACUAGAAUGUCACCCUGACGAGACGGGGCUGUGCGGAGGUCUGGGUGUGUGACCCUGACGAGGGGCAGAGCAGGUGGCGUGUCUCCGGUUGGGGGGGUUUCAGUGUUCUUUGGCAGGAUCCUGGAUACUUCUUUCCAACUGUUCCCCCCACACUGAAAAAAUGAGCUGUGGAGUGAGCCAACCCACCAGCCCUGCUCUGUGUGUCACAGUUUGUAUCAAAAAAUGGAUGAUCCAGAGACAGGUUUCAACCUGAAGGUCGUCCUGGUCAGUUUCCAGCAGUGUCUCAACGAGAAGGAAGAGAUCCUGUUGGACCACUACAUCACCGGCUGGAAGGGGCUGGUCAGGUUCCUGAGCAGCCUGGGCACCAUCUUCUCCUUCAUCACCAAGGACGUGGCCUCAAAGCUGCAGAUCAUGGAGCAUCUGAGGACCGGCCCCCAGGGCGAGCACUAUAGCAGCCUGCAGUCCAUGGUGGCCUACGAGGUGGGCCACCAGUUGGUGGACCUGGAGCGCCGCUCACGCCACCCCGACUCAGGCUGCCGGACUGUGCUGCGCCUGCACCGAGCCCUGCACUGGCUGCAGCUGUUCCUCGAAGGCCUGCGCACCAGCCCCGAGGACGCGCGCACCUCCACGCUCUGCUCCGACUCCUACAACACCUCGUUGGCUGCCUACCACCCCUGGAUCGUGCGCCGGGCUGUCACUGUGGCCUUCUGCACUCUGCCCACACGCAAGGUCUUCCUGGAGGCCAUGAACGUGGGGACCCCUGAGCAGGCUGUGGAGAUGCUGGGGGAGGCCCUGCCCUUCAUCGAGCACGUCUACGAUAUCUCCCAGAAACUCUACUCCGAGCACUCCCUGCUGGACCUGCCCUAGCGGAUGGGGGCCCCAGCCGGGCGGGCGUCCCCUGCUGCAGAGGUGGGCUGGAGCAGCCAGGGCCCAUUAAUCCCAGGACAGCGCUUUCUGGGUUCCCUGAAAACAGGAGACCCACUGUUGCAAGCUGAGCACGUGGGGAGUCACAGGCUGUGGCCAGGCCAGGAAGAGGCCCCUCCGCCACAGCCUCACCUCCGGCCUCGUGUGCUCAGUCAGGCCUCACCGAGGCACAGACAGCAGAGAAGGGGCAAGACCGGUGCACGCAGAGCAGGACGGGUGGCCCCAGCCGCCUAGAGCAGACUCCAGGAAGUGGGGUGAAGUCGCAGGUCCCUGGGGUGUGGUGGCUUGGUCCUCCCCACCAGCCAGCAUGUGUCCUUCUCGUGCCAAGCUCAGGUCCAGGACGCAGCGUCUGUGCCCCGGUGGGUGGCUGACCCCAGGCAUGGGGAGAAUCCUCAGACAGGGUCUGGGCACUUGGGCUCUCCCUGCCCCUCGCUGCCUGGUUGGCCUCACACCGUGCUGAGUAGGCCAGGGGCAGUGACGGUGGGAGGUGAAGCCCAAAGCUGAGCUUCCCCCAAAAGUGCCCACCCCGCCCUCAGGAUGCAGCCCUCAGGGUGGCGGCUCCCGAUGGACACAGGAGCUGGGACUCUGCCCCCAGCGCCAGGGAGAUGCUCUGUUCCUUCACCCCCACCCCUUGCUGUCUUGUCCCCACAGUGCUCCAGAGACCCAGGGGGUUACAGAACAGGAGGGGCUGGACCCCGUUGCCUAGGUGACAGCUACCAGACCACCACAGUGCAGCAGGCACACAGGCUUGUUGGGGGUACUUGGGUGUGUUUUCCAACAUGAAUAAAUUACACUUACGGCA